AUGUCUAAAUCUGUCACGCCCAAGCCCGGCAACCCGGUCGUCUACCUCGACUUGGCGUUUGGAUCCACCUCCGCCUCUCGACCAGGUUCCAACCGGAUCGUCCUCGAGCUCUACUCGCACCUCGUACCCCGAACAGCCGAGAACUUUCGCGUCCUCUGCACCAACACUUCCAAACUUGCCUCUACCGGUCAACCACUUUCGUUCCGCAACUCGAUCUUCCACCGCGUCAUUCCGAAGUUCAUGAUCCAGGGAGGCGAUUUCACCCGCGGGGACGGUACCGGAGGCGAGAGCAUUUACGGAGAGAAAUUCGAAGAUGAAGAUCUUACGGGCAAGCACGAUCAACCUUUCCUGCUGAGUAUGGCGAAUGCAGGGGCGAAUACGAAUGGAAGUCAGUUUUUUGUGACUACGGUUCCGACGCCGCAUUUGGAUGGGAAGCAUGUGGUGUUCGGAAGGGUUAUUAGGGGGAAGAAUGUGGUGAGGAGGGUGGAGGGUGUAGAGACGGAUUCGGGGGAUAGACCGAAGGAGGAUGUGAAGAUUGUGGCGUGCGGGGAGUUGAGUGAGGAGGAGGUGGAGAAGGGGUGUGGGAUCGAGGCGGAUUCGACGGGUGAUGUGUACGAAGAGUUUCCGGAGGAUCAAGACGCUUCGUUGGAAGGUGAUGUUGCCAAGACGUACGAGAUCGGCAAUGCGCUAAAGGCGAUUGCGAACGCCGAGUUUGCCAAGGGGAACUUUGCAGUAGCGAUGGAAAAGUACCUCAAAUCGCUCCGCUACCUCAACCUCAACCCCGUCCUGCCAGAAGACACCCCUCCCCAACUCUCCACCGACUACACGACGCUCAAAGCCAGCAUCCAACUCAACCUCUCCCUCUGCGCCCUCAAAACCACCCCUCCCCACCCCACCCUCGCCAUCUCCAACUCCACCUCCGUGAUCAACACCCUCACCGCCGCCAAACCCGCCACCUGGGAAUCCAACGCAACCGUGGACGCGGAGCAGAAGAAGAAACAGUCGGAUCUCGCAAAGGCCUUCUACCGACGAGCCCUGGCGUACGUUGCCCAGAAGGACGAUGAGCGGGCCGAGGAGGAUUUGAAGAGGGCGGCGGAGAAGGCGCCGGAGGAUGCGGGGAUCAGGAGGGAGUUGGCCGCGGUGGCGAGGCGGAAGGAGGCGAAGCUGAGGGGGAUGCGCGCUGCGUAUAGCAAGAUGUUCUCGUGA